UCAGUUUGAGCCGAUCUUUCGUGAGAGUAACAACGUCGCGCAUCGCAGUCGAAUCGAGUCGGGCUUUUGUUUUAGCAGCAAAGAGAUUCAGUGAAUUUGCAUAACUAUGAAGAGCUGCGUUGAGUGCCGAAAGGCAAGCGCCAUAUGAUUGGCCGCGUUUCUUUAUUGCCAAUGAUCAAUAAAGCUGCAACAAAGACUGACCUGCGCAAUUGGAGCCCAUCAGCAUUUGCAUUGGAAUAGCUCAAAAGCUGGGCGGCUCUGUGACUGUGACUGUGUUUGUGUUUGUGAAAUGACUUGUGAAAUGUGAAUUAUGAAUCUGUUGCAAUUCUGUUUAUUUGUUUAAAAAGAUACACGUGUUGCAUCUUGACCAGAUCGAGAUAAACAAAAAAAAGUGAAACUUUUGUAAGCGUGCCUGGAAAAUGCCCAUUGGCAAAGUGCCGCAGGCUUCGCACCGCAAGCCGUCGAGCAGUGGUGAAUCCACCUGCUUGGACAGCACCAUCGACUCGCGGAUGUCGAGCAGCGAACUGCUACCCAUGGAGCUGCUCAAGGUGAACUAUGUGCACCAGUGCAAGCAGGCCAUGAUGCACAAGUCGAAUGAGCCGCCGCCCCCGCCCGCACACCUGAACAAUCCGGCGCGCUUUGUCGGCUAUCGUCGGCAGCCGCCGCAGAUGCACAGCGUCUCGCAGGUGAACGCAGCAAGGAAAUCCAUGCCUGUGCAGGCACUGCCGCCGCCCACGGUCGAGUCCUGGCUGCUGCUGGCCAAGCAGCCCGAACAGCAGAGGCGCUCGGAUGAUCUGGAUGACUGCUGCUGCUCCCGCUCCGGCUGCUCGUGCUCCGACUCCAGUUCGGACGUCACCGAGACCAGCACCGUGACGCCGGACUGCGAGAAGUCGCAGAGCUGGAAUUAUCGUGACAUACGGCGGGACUUGGCACGUGCCGGCGCCGCUGCCGGCAUCAGAUCCCGGGCAGAUCGCAUAGCGCGCAUCGAGCGCAGGGAGUGCCAGGAUGAGGAAGCCGACUGCACAGCCUGCCUGCGCCAGCCGGAGCCCGUGCGCCGCCUGGCCCCAUCAGCCAUGCCCACAGCAGCCGGAAGCGGCAAUCGUGGCCAAUUGAGAUCGCGCAUUCCAAAGCCGCUGCUGCAGCGAUCCGCAGAACCAUCGCCCAACAGUGAGGCGAAUGCGCAGCUGCAGCGUCGCGUGAAGCAGCUCUUCCAGCAGGAUAUGGCCUACAAUCACAGCGCUGCACCCCGUUGGAUGUUCCAGAAGGCCGGAGAUAGCCGCAGUCCAGCAACGCCCACAGCCAGCACCUCCGCCCAGCAGCAGCCAAGAGUCAAGCUGGAGCGGGUGCACAUACGCAAGAAACGCCAGCCGCUGCACAUCGUCAAUCAGCUGGCCAGCGAUGGCACCAGAGGAGGAGGAGGAGGAGAAGCCGGUGCUGCUGCUGCCGAGUGCAGCACGAGCUACAAGCUGCAGCAGCAGAGUCCGAAGAUGAAGCAGGUGGAGCGCGCUAAACGCUUCUCGCUGGAGAGCUGCUCGGACUCGGGCGUCUCCUCCUCCAACGACGCCAAGGAGCAGCACGCGAAGCAAACGAAUCUGCAGCGCAGCGAGAAGUGCGUCAGCUGUGUCCAGGUGCCUGAGAUGCAGCUGCCCGAGAAGCACAAGCAAUACGAGCGCACCUCUGGCACGGCUCAGCCCAAAGCCCAUGUGGAUCCCAACGAUGUGCAGAACUUUGCCAAGAAGAACCUGACCAAGGCGACCACGAAUGAGCUGCUCACGGCGGCUGCGGUGCAGGUGAAGCAGUGCAACAUCGAGAAGGAGCGCAAGCUGAACAGCCUGAAGCAUCGGGAAGCCGAGCAGCCAAAGACUUCGACCACCACCAUUAGCAUCGAUGACAGCUGGGUGCAGGAGUCCAUCAUAGAUCCCUGCGACGACUACAUGGAGACGGAUUCGCUGAUGCUGCCGCCUCCUGCUGCCGCUCGACCCAUUUCCAAGCACAACAACAACAACAGCGUCAAGAUCUUUGUGUGCAGCAACGGCAACGGGGAAGGCGAUAGGGAUGACCACCAGGUCGACAGAGUUCCACGGAUGGGUUCUUCAGCAGCCUGUCUGGCUCUGCCCCCAUCUUCGUGCGCCUCCACCUCAUCCUCCGGCUGCGGCGGCUCCAGUCGCGACACCAGCUCCUUGUGUGAGUCCGAGCAGGAUUGCUGCUCCUGCUCCGGCCAGCAGCCGAGCUGUUUGGCCAGCGACUGCUGCAAUGCCAUCGGCGGCGUCUUCUGGAACAAUGCGUGCUACGAUAUUGAAGCCGAGGUCAGCGCCAACGCUGGCGCCGGCUGCUGCUGCAGCAUAUCCAGCUGCGACGACGACGAUUGCUCCUAUUACGCCGGCGACUUCAGCGCGUCCAAAUUGGACCACAUUCCGGGCCGACGCGGCGAGCUGCUGCCACGUAACAAUAAGCUGCUGCGAAAGACUGGUAUACAUGAGUUACGACCCAGAUCCAUGGACGGUGUCAUUGACUCGGGCGUUUCGUUAAAUGGCGACACCGGCUCGAGUCCCGACAAUGGCGAACACCUGCAAAAUCAACAGGAUGCUGAGGCGAGGAAACUGAAACGAGGUCACGUGCUCACUGAGCUGCUGGAGACGGAGCGCAUCUAUGUGAAUGAAAUGAGCUCGAUUCUAAAGGGCUACUUUGACCAAAUGCAAUCGGACGAGCUAAUGCAUCUGGUUCCGGCCAGUCUGCAGGGCAAAGAGGAAAUACUUUUUGGCAAUCUGCAUGAGCUCUACACAUUUCACAACGAGAUCUUUCUGAAGGACCUGGAGAACUGCAUUUCGACCACAGAGCUAGUGGCGCUAUGUUUUGUGCAAAGGCGUGACACCUUCUAUCGGCUGUACUCGUUCUAUUGCCAGAACAUUCCGCGCUCGGACCGUCUGCGUGAGACGCUCGUUGAUACCCACCUAUUCCUGCAGGAGUGCCAGAAGAGAUUGGGCCACAAGCUGCCGUUGGCCGCGUACCUGCUGAAGCCCGUGCAGCGCAUCACCAAGUACCAGCUGCUGCUGAAGGAUCUGCUGCGCUUCAGCGACAGCGGCAGCUGCACCAAGGAGCUGCAGAAGGCGCUCGACUGCAUGCUGAUUGUGCUGAAGUGCGUCAACGAUUCCAUGCACCAAGUGGCUAUCACUGGAUUCCCAACCGAUCUGGCGCAGCAGGGCGAGCUGCUGCUGCAGGACUCGUUUCAGGUGUGGACCGAGUCGAAGAAGGACAUCCGGCUGCGCAUCAAGCCACAGCAGCGGCACAUCUUUCUGUACCAGAAGUCGCUGCUCUUCUGCAAACAAACCUCCAAAGCGGGUCACAACAAGAGUACCUACCAGUUCAAGCAUCACGUCAAGAUGUCACAAAUUGGUCUGACGGAGUCCGUGCGGGGCGAUGCGAAGCGCUUCGAGGUCUGGCUGCAGGGUCGUCAGGAGGUGCACACGCUGCAGGCGCCUUCGCUGGAGGUCAAGAACAAGUGGGUGGCGGAGAUUAAGCGGGUGCUGCUCAACCAGCUCGAGGAACUGAAGGGGGAGAAGAUCAAACAGUAUGGCCUAAAUCAUCGCGGACUCAAGCAAACCACGUCGUGGGACACGCCCAAUAUUAUACUGGGCACACCGGGUCGAACGAUCAGCUGCGAUGCAUCCUCCGAGUCCUCCAAUCGCAACUCCAACUGCAGCAGCGAGGAGAACGGCCCGGCGGCCGCUGCCUGCGGCAACUCGAGCGGCGGCGGCGGCAUGGCCGACAGGGAUCAUCCCGAGGGCUGUGGCUGGAGCUCGGACUAUUCGAACAGCGAGGACGAGAUCUCGGUGAACGAGGACAACAGCACACCGGGCAGUAAAUUCAUUGCCCUGGCUGACUAUACGGCUAUGGGUCACUCGGAAGUUUCGAUGCGAGAAGGCGAAGCUAUCGAGCUAUUAAAAGUGGGCUGUGCCGGCUGGUGGUACGUGCGCGUCUUAGAUACCAAUGCAGAAGGCUGGACCCCGGGCGCAUAUCUGGAAUCGAUCAAUCGAAAAUCGUCAAGAUCAUCGAGCUGUAAUCAGGAGCGAAUAAUUCAAAAAUAAAUUACUCAACACUGGAACUUACUUAUCUCCAUCUGAAAAUCAAAUGAAGUCGAGCUGCUUGACGUCGAGUUUUCAAAACUAAAUCUAUCGCCUUUUAAAAUAGAUAUCAGUAUUUGAGCUUCUUCUUCUCAAAGUCACACUUUAUACACUCUUUUGAUAUGCUUACACUCUCGGAAUCUAAUCGAAAAAUCCAAAGGGAAAACCUCCAAAAAUCUCCAUUCUGAAUCUAAAUAACCUUCCAUUUCGUAUCUAAAUACCCUCGCUUUGGCAAAAGUGUAAAUUGUGGAUAAACAACAAAAUAAAUUAAAUAUAUUAAAUAUAUAUUAGUUUAUAGGAUAUUUCUUGUUGUUAAUUUAAAUUUAAAUGGAAAAAAACAUGCAAAUAUUUAUAUAUAUAGUUAUAUUAAGACUCUAUGGCUUAUGUAUGUAUGUAACUAGCUAGUUUCUAGUCCAUUUUCGUCGCUUUGAUGUAUCGAUGUACGUGCGUGCGCUCUAUAGUAUUUUGAGGACUGUUACAAUGAUUGUUAAGGACAACUUGUCGAAUAUUUCUUGAAACUUUAUCAAUAUUUUAAAAUAUGGCAUUCAAAUAAAAAAUAAUAUAUUUAUAUAAAUAUACGUUUAUGAAAAUACGCCUAAGUAUGUUUAAUACAUAUACAUAAAUAAAUAUUAUUAAAUAACCGAAAAACGGCAAAAACAUCUA